GCCUAUCAAGCGUUCUAGUAUCUUUUAACCAAUAUGUUAAAGCAGACAUGCAUAAUUAUUGAUAAAAGCUCAUUCGACUUUACGGUGGUGAUGGAUCGUUUGUAUUUACUGUUGGUGGUCUUUGUGUGUGUAAAUGGAGAAAAAUACAGUCCACAAAUAUACAAUAAUUUAUUUAAAAACACGUCUUACAAUAAAGUAAUCAUUCCGACCCUUAACGACAAUGAUACCCUUGCAUUGAAGGUAACAUUUCUUCCACGAGGAAUCAGCGAAUUUAAUGAGGUGAACGGACAAUUGUCUAUUGCAAUGGGUCUAGAUGUACGUUGGAUUGACGGAUUUUUGAAAUGGAACCCUUUAAAGUAUGGCAACGUGUCACAUUUGGUAGUACCCGAAGAUCACGUGUGGACACCAGUUAUCACGCUGGCUAAUCCAAUAGACAGAAUUCCAGUGUUUCCGGAAGAUUCUUUCCCAGUUAGACUUUACGCAAACGGUCAAGUUAUUUGGAUCAAGGGAGGAACCGUUAGUGUAACCUGCCGGCCUAACGUUAAGUUUUACCCCUUUGAUGAGCAUAAAUGUUACGCUAAAUUUUUAACCAUUGAUCGAAUUGGAAACGAGCUCAGAAUGGAAACAGGAAUUAAGUCUGCAAUUUAUGAAAAACAUGGAGAAUGGGAUAUACAUAGCAUGAAAGCAUAUUCCUCCUAUUUUGACGUCUUUCCUUCUUGUGUUUUUGAGAUCACUGUCAGAAGGCGGUCAGAAUUUUCGGUGCUAAAUACAUGUGUACCAAUCAUUUGCUUGGGUAUCUUAAAUGCUUGUGUGUUCUUAAUUCCCCCAGAAUCUGGAGAACGCGUUUCCUUCGCCAUGACGGUUUUACUCUCGUUUGCUGUUUUUAUGACAAUAUUCAGUGCAACACUCCCGAAAAACUCCGACCCUGUUCCAAUUUUGUGUUACAUACUGACGAUAAUGACGUUUGAAAGUGGAAUUAUUGUGAUACUCACUAUUGUUGGACUUCGGAUUUUCUUCAAGAAGGAAAAUGAACAAAUGCCAAAGUUUAUAAGUCGCAUAACAAGAUUAACGGGUCUUAGGUCUGGUAUAUUUAGGAAUGAUCGAGAAACACGACCCAAUGGGAGGAUUCCAAAUGACGAAAUCUUAGAUCAGGAACAAUUACCAAUGACCUGGGAGCGAUUCAGGCAAAAUUUUGACAUUGCAUGUUUCUGUAUCUCGUUUGGGGUAUAUAUCUUACUGGUUGUUGUGUACGCGAUAAUGGUAAAAAUGUCCUGAAUUGUCGGCAACUUUUAUGCAAAACAAUCAUGGUACAUAUGUGUACACCUGAAUCAAAUAUUGCCUGAUGAAUCAUUUGAACUCCUAGAUGCUCCUGAAAGCAUGAUUAAGUAUCAAUUAAUUGUCAAUAUUUAUUUUGGUAGCUUAAUUAAUUAAUUAUCAUCGAUUUGAAAUGCAAGAAACUUGAUUGUGCUCCAACCGAAUGUUGGUUGAUUUGUUUUCCUCCAUCAAAUUCUUUUUCAUGAUAAUGGGAAGAAGUGAUACAAAUUAUACACUUUUCAUCCUGUUAAUUUAAGCACAAAACAUAGUCCUUGAAACGAGGAAGGAGGGCACGGGGAGCUUUGCUCCAAAUAAUUUUGCCGAUAUAUAGUAUGCUAUAGAAAACAAAGAUACUUUAUGGAUGUGCCCCUCAAUAAAUAUGUUUAACCCCACCCAUCCCAAACUGAAAAUGUUUGGUUGCCCCCCUCCCUUAAACUGAAAUUACUUCUUACUGGCCUAUACAAAACUACAAAAAACUUGUAGUUAUUUGAAUCACAAUAUCAGCUCAAUGUAUGAGUGUUUGAUGUACUUACAAUGGGAACAGUCUGUUGCCUUAAAACAAAAAUUGUAAUUUUUAAAUAGUCCGUGCAGGAUGCCUUUUCUCUAAACAGGAUACCUGAUAGAUAUAACAUCUCCACCUAGAAUGUUACAGUUUCAAAUCAGCUAAAUAUUUAACAAAA